AUGCCCGGCAGAACAAGACCCAUCGAGAAAUUUGCAGAAGCAGCAGCCAAGUGCUCGCCUGAGGGCGCAGUCUACGGCAAGUGCGUGGCGGCAUCAUACCAAAAUGUCAAGAAAGAUAUGUGUGCGAGAGAGUUCAUGGCAUUGAAAGACUGCUAUCUGAAGGCCGCAGGCAGAAAAGCGUAA